AUGGUUGUCGUGUCGUCGAAACCAUCAACCGAAUCUGCAAGGAAACCGAGCCAUCCACCAAAYCGAAGACGGGUGGUCGUGACAGGGAUGGGUGUCGAGACCCCAAUUGGUCGGAAUCCGGAUGAAUAUUACAAUAAUCUACUUGAAGGUGUCAGUGGAAUUAGUGAAAUUGAAGGCUUUGAUUGUUCCAACUAUCCAACUAGAAUAGCUGCUGAAAUAAAAACUUUCUCGCCCGAUGGAUUUGUCGCACCAAAGCUCUCCAAGAGGCUCGACAAGUUCACGCUCUACAUACUAGCCGUCGGCAAGAAAGCACUGGCCGAUGGUGGCUUAACCGCAAGUCAAAUGGAGGAGAUGGAUAAGUCCAGAUGCGGAGUUCUGAUCGGAUCCGGUUUGGGUGGUAUGAAGAUUUUCAGUGAUUCUGUAGAGACYAUGUACACGAUAUCGUAUAAGAAGUUGAAUCCUUUCUGUGUACCCUCUACAUUUACUAAUAUUGGAUCAUCAUUGCUAGCCAUGGAUCUGGGUUGGAUGGGUCCGACUUAUUCCAUAUCUACAGCUUGUGCCACCAGCAAUUUUUGUAUCUUAAAUGCCACAAAUCACAUCAUCGAUGGCGAUGCGGAUAUGAUGCUUUGUGGUGGCUCGGAAGCUCCUAUAUUACCACUAGGAGUUGCGGGUUUUGUAGCGUGCAGAGCUCUAAGCGAGAGGAACGACGAUCCUACCAAGGCUUCRCGCCCAUGGGAUUCGGGACGUGACGGAUUCGUUAUGGGAGAAGGUGCCGGAGUUCUGUUGUUGGAAGAACUCGAGCAUGCUAAGAAAAGAGGCGCUAACAUCUACGCGGAAGUUUUGGGUGGAAGCUUCACUUCGGAUGCUUAUCAUCCSACAAAACCUCACCCCGAAGGUACCGGGGCCAUAUUAUGCAUGGAGAAGGCCUUAUCUCAAUCAGGGGUGACCAGGGAAGAUGUGAACUACAUAAAUGCACAUGCUACAUCAACACCAGCUGGGGACAUCAAAGAAUUCCAAGCCAUUGUUCAUUGUUUUGGCAAGAACCAAGAGUUGAAGGUGAAUUCUACAAAAUCAAUGAUCGGUCACCUUCUAGGAGCAGCGGGUGCGGUGGAAGCCAUUGCAACCAUACAGGCGAUACAGACAGGUUGGGUACACCCAAAUAUGAAUCUUGACAAUCCAGACAAAGAUGUGGACAUGAAUGUGCUGGUGGGGCAAAAGAAAGAAAGACUGGAUGUCAAAGUGGCGAUGUCGAAUUCUUUUGGGUUUGGGGGUCACAACUCAACGAUAUUAUUUGCACCUUUUCGGUAGAUGGUGCAGAAAGCAUCAAACUUUAUCGAU